CCGGCGUGGCGCUAGCGGCGCCCGCCGUGUCGCCAGAAAGCGGAGAGAAAGAGGUGCGGUGUUGCGUGACUGGGUGCGAGCGAUCGUAACGCGUGUGUGUUUGUUGUGUUGUUAAGCGAGAGCAAGCGAGUUUUGCGCGAGAGAUUGUCCGUGUUCUCAGUCUUCUCUGGUAUAUAACGUACGCGUGCGGAAACACGCGGAAGAAACGAAGAAGCUAUCCAGACGCGCGGAGUACCGAGAGAAACGGGGAAGAAAGAGUGAGCAAGAGAGAGAAAGAGAGCGAGCGAGAGAGAGAGAGAGAGAGAGAGAGCGCGCGCGAGCGAAAGAGAGAGAGAAAGAAAGAGUGAAAGAGAGAGCGAGAAGGGGAACACGCGCCGAGAAAGAGUGAGAGAAGAUAGUGCCGUCUUUCGGAAUCGGUAGAGAAAGAGAGAGAGAGCAUACACGCGCAGCUCGCGAACGAAGGCCGCGAAAUGUCGUCCUACAUCCAGGUAGCCGAAGAUGAGGGCGAGGAGCCGAUCGAAUUGCCCACGGAGGACGACACCACGCUCCUGCUCACCACCCUGUCCGCUCAAUUCCCCGGCACUUGCGGCCUGAAAUACCGCAACCCUGAAUCCCGGACGAUGCGCGGCGUCAGGCUGGUCGACGGCCGAUUGCAUCCGCCCGAGAACGGCUGGGGCAAAGCGAUUUACUUCUGCGUGUUUCCCAAAGAAAACAAACGUAAAUCUGAUGACAAUUUGGAAAAUUCCACAGCUAAGACUAAGAGAAUGGAAACGAAGUUGCGUUGCACUGACUUGAUUGUACUCGGUUUACCAUGGAAAACUACUGAACAAAACUUGCGCGAAUAUUUUGAAACAUUUGGUGAAGUUCUGAUGGCUCAGGUAAAAAAAGAUGCAAAAUCUGGUCAAAGCAAAGGAUUUGGCUUUAUAAGAUUUGGAAGUUAUGAAUCACAAUUGAGAUGCCUUGCACAACGUCAUAUGAUCGAUGGCAGAUGGUGUGAUGUCAAGGUUCCAAAUAGUAAGGAAGGAAUGAUUCAACAAGUCCCCUGCAAAGUAUUCGUCGGCCGCUGUACUGAAGACCUAACCGCGGAUGAUCUGCGAGAUUAUUUCUCCAAAUUCGGCGAAGUCACGGACGUAUUCAUCCCUAAACCCUUCCGCGCGUUUUCGUUUGUUACUUUCCUUGACCCCGAAGUCGCCCAAUCGCUCUGCGGUGAAGAUCAUAUUAUCAAGGGCGUCUCGGUACACGUCUCGAAUGCCGCGCCCAAGUCCGAGGGCAACAAUAAAAACUUUAAUAAUCAAGUGAACUCGAACAUGAGGGGCGGCAGGGGCGCGCCGGGACCCGUCGAUAAUAACGUGCAGGGCAAUUAUCAGGGCAAUCGUUAUAUGGGCCACUCGGGCAACAAUAUGGGCCCGAAUGGCUGGAAUAACCCGGGGAAUCGCGGGAAUCUCGACAUGCCAAAUCUGCAAGCCCUCGGUAUCACCGGGCAGAACAAUGGCGGCGGUGGCGGAGGCGGCAUGUCGAAUCCGCUGGCGAUGGGUGGUCUGAACUUGUCCGCGUUGCCCGUCAACCCGGCACUAGUGGCCGCCGCCCUAAACCAGGCGUCCUGGGGUCUGAUCGGUAACCUGCAGAACCAGGGAAACGACCAGGGUUAUUCGAACCAGCCGGGCCCACCGGGCCAGCCGCCUUCCGGUAACAAUACGAUUGGCAAUAGCGGCAAUUCCGGCUUCCUCAGCUGGAUGAACCAAGGCGGCGGCGACGGCAAUACCGGCAAUCCCGGCACCGGCGGCCCCGGGCCGAAUAACCCGAACGCGUCCCAGGGCGCCUGGCAGAAUCACCCGGGUCAGCGUGACCAGAAGUCGAAUACCUUUCUCAAGUACGAGUAAAUUCAAUCGGGGCCGUGGGUCUACUCGUAAAACCAAACGGAUCCUCUAUCCACGGGUCCCGACGCAACAACCAUAACGAACGGUAGUAACUAACGAAGUCGAAAGUUUUCCAAAAAUAUUUCGACUUCGUAUGGUAAAAAAGAGACAAAAACCAGAGCCUAUAGUAUGUUGACAUUUUUUCUAAUGUUUUGCACGAAUUAUCACUGCGUGUAUCAUAAUAUUUCCAGACUCUAUCCACUCUCUUACUGGUUUGACGAAUUAGCACAAUUCCGUUCGUUAAAGGAAGUUUAGGUUUAAGACAAAAGCGGAUAGCUCUGAUCAUUUGAAUAUAUGCGCUCCGAUUGUUGCGUGAUCUCUGUGGUGUGUAGGAUGAAUAGCGGCAUGAAUAAAAUCGAUAUGUGUGGAAUUGAUGUGUGAGCAGCAUAGCUGCGUGACAAAGAAUGUGUAAUCGAUAGCGUUAUGAAGCAUAAUAAAUGGUAAAUGUGUAAUUUACAUAUUAGGUAUACUUGAUGAGAUCUGAGAUCCAAAAAGGCUUAAGCUACUUUUAUUUAUCAGAUCUAAUAAGAUAUAAAUUCAAAGGUUCUUAUCUGAAAUUACUACCACAUGCAGUCAUAUAGAAAAUUAAUUAUAUUUUCUAUUUGCAUUUUUUUUUGUUUUAAUAUUUGUCCAUCGAGCAAUUGUUAAAAGUCAUUGAAAAUUAAAAAUAGUUUAAGUCUUUUUGUGUCGCAAAUCUUUUCAGAAAAAAGGAAAAGGGGGCUUUAGUCAAAAAAGAGCACUUGUUAAAGCUUCGAAUUCUAGAUCUAAUAUUUUGUGUUUAUUAAUCGUGGUUUA